AUGCAAAAUGGAAAGGUUGUAGCUUAUGGCUCACGUCAAUUAAAAACCCAUGAGAAAAGCUAUCCUACUAAUGACUUAAAGCUAGCAGCGAUAAUUUUUGCCCUAAAAACUUGGAAACAUUAUUUGUACGGUGAGAAGUUUGAUGUUCAUUCUGACUACAAAAGCCUAAAAUACCUAUUCUCCCAGAGAGAUUUGAAUGUGUGCCAACGUAGGUGGAUGCAGUUUAUGGAAAACUAUGAUUUUGAGUUACACUAUCAUUCGGGGAAGGCCAAUGUCGUGGCUGAUGCCCUUAGUCGAAAGUCCGUGAGUAUUGUGGCAAGUGUGUCCAUUUGGGAAUGGGUUAUGUUGAGUGAUGUCAAUGAGUCUAGCAACGGUGCAACCUUUUCUACGUUGAUUGCACAACCCACCAUGAUUAGCAAAUUCAUAAAAGCACAACAAGGUGACCUUAAAGUGAAGACAAUUUGUCAAAGGAUUUCCAAUGGAAAGGAAGAGAAGGGUUUGAGCAUCCACUCAAAUCUGAGUGUAAGGCAUUUAGACUGUUUGUUUGUGCCAGAAUGUUGUAGAGAGGAGAUAGAGACCAUUGUUUUAGAUAGAGACCCUCGUUUCAUCGUCCGAUUGUGGCAAAGCCUUCAAGAGGCGUUGGGAACCAAGUUAACUUUUAGCACCACCUACCAUUCUCAGACCGAUGGACAAUCUGAGAGUACUAUUUAG